AUGUCAGUGUAUUUUCGAGCCGUUGCGCCAUGUCGACCACGGAUUUCAGUGCUUCAACGACGACUUUAUGGUUCCAAAUCUUCAGAGCAAUUAAAUGAAGAUGCAUUAAAGAUUCUGGAGGAUAUUUCGGCUUUGGAACUCAAAGACCCCAAGCAGCUAUUCGAUGACGAUAUCAUAUCCCGAGAGGAAGACUUCGAUUUUGGAGAGAGCAACGGAGAGGAUGGAUUGCCUGUAUCACCAAUAAUGGACGGCAAGACGUGGAAACGUAGAUUCAAGCAACCAAGGAAGUUGAAGAAACGCCAUCCGUCGGAAAUGGUAGAGGAGGACUGGAAGUUGCUGAAGAAUCCUUAUGCAAAUACAUUGAUCACCGCAGUCCGCCAGGACGGAUACUACAGACGUGUAUUCCCUUCAUUCUUUCUUCAGAAGGUGCAUGCCUUCGUCAACCCCGAGACUAAUGAACCAUGGCUGCUUCCUAUGGGUAUAAAAUCUCGAGAUGAGACCAAAGUCGUCACAGGAGUAUCAAAAUACGUAGCCGGGAACUACCAGCACGUUGAGUUUUUGAAGAGCAAAAGAUGGAGAAAACUACAGGACACACGAUUUGUGACGUCGGCAGUCUGGAGGUUGGACAUGGAGGAUUUUAUUCUGAAGCAACUACGCAAUCGGGUUUAUGAAGAGGUCGAAGCAAGCAAGAGAUGGAUCAUGAGUGCCAAUAGGGAUGGCGGAAAGUGGGAGGACCUGCAGAUUGGAUGCUUGCUGGUAUGGGAGAACGGAGAUCCUGACUUCCAGGUGUCGACAAAUGCAGAUUCCGGGGAGAUUAUCGCUGAAGAAUUUGCCCCUCAAAUUGAAACCGAACCUACGGCAGUGGCGAAAGAGGAAUUACAAGAAGAAAAGGAGGAGGAUACAGUAAUGGCAGGAGAAGGAGAAGGGUUGGGGGUAAAGAAGGAAGACGAAGUAGUGAUGGAUGAAGAUAUUCAAGCGCAAUCUACUGCCGAAGCCCUAGAUGUCGCCAGAUCAAGGACGCUAAUUGAAGUCAAAGGCAAACUUGUGCCUAGCUAUAAAAUGCACCUCCUCCUUGGAAGGACAAGAGCGGCAGAGCUGAAAAAACAGCUAAAGAUUGAAGAUCCCGUCCGAAAGAACGUUUUAUUGAUCUCCCCGCGGACGGUGAAAGUCCAGAUAUGGUUGUGGAAACUAUCUGGUUACGCACGACAACUUGAAACAUCGCUGUUCAAAGAGUUUGACGGGAAAGGCAGCCACGACGGAUAG